GGUUAAUAGGUGUUGGCGGUCGUCGCACGUGUGGUGUCAUGAGUGCAGGGCCGGUAUAAGAGAGUAAAACGUUUUCGUUUGAGCGGCAUAGUACCUAUAUCGGCUGUUAAUAAUCUUUAAGCGUUCUUUCCACUUAGGAUCGAGAUGGCCUCGACGAUUGUGCGGAGGAUUAGUUCGCCGUUGGCUAAACUCAUAACAAGCUCCAAGCCGGCAAUGAAAUGUGCGAUUUCUGCGGGCCAAAUCCGCUGUCUGUCUGUACCAAACAGAAGAAUUCUGACGUGUUCAAUGUUCAGAAACAAUAUGUGAGGUGCUUACAAAGUUCAGGCGACAAGGAGCUCCUGGAUUUUCUCGGUGAGGAGAUCGUUGCAGAGACCAAGCAAGGGAAGUCCGACAAGCUACCGUCCCGCAUCGGAGAAUUUGACGUCAAGCUGGACCAGGCAGAAGUCACGCUGACAAGGCAGCACAACAAUGAAACCGUCACCGUUACGCUGAACGUCAACCACUCGGUGGACUCGGACCCAGAGUCUGAAGACCUGACCGAGAGUCAGGGCAGCGAGCAGCUGAAAGCGCGACCCACCUUCAACGUCGACCUCCAGAAGAAAGGGCGUACAGUCAGCUUCACCUGCUCCUACACAGACGGAGGCGUUGUUGAACAGCAAGGCGAACAGUACAAUGACAGCUUUUCGAUCGACGAAGUGGUGAUGUUCGAAGGCGAACACCACGAAAAGAACUUCUCUGUGUCUGGGGAGAUCCUAGAUGGGGUACUGUACGACUUGUUAAUGAACAUGCUGGAGGAACGUGGUGUCAGCAACGAGUUCGCCCAGAAGCUGUCCGACUUCUGCACCGAGUACGAGCACAAGUGCUAUAUCGCUCUGCUUGAGGGAAUGCGCGGCUUCGUCAGGGACUAGUAGUUCUGCUCGAUGGAUGGCGUACCAUUUCACGCAGGUGGUGACGAUGCGUGGUUGCAACUUGCGCGGCUACCGCCAGCUUUGAACGCUGUAUGGUGUCAUUAAGCGACCAGCUCUUGUCUUUUGGAAAAUAUAUACACACCUAAAUGGAA